AUGGCAACAAGACAUGGCAAGCGGAAGGGCGGGGUCAAGCGGGAAAAUAAGACGCCAGAUCCAGAAACGGUCCACAACCCCCACCUGGCCUAUCGGACCAACGCCAAUAGCCCGUUACCUCGUUGGGGCUCAGAGGAGAAUCUGUGGCCCCACAGGCCGUCCAUCACGCCCUGGAAAUCCAGCCCCAUUGGAGAGCUGAUUCCCAGCUCGCCUCGCCUUUUGGAUCCCACGCCCAGUGCAGUCAGCAAACAUGAGCUCUAUGUCAUCGACUCCCCUGACGACUCCCAGGGGGCUGGGAGUCUGUGCGGCCAUGGCUGGUCCGUGGUCCGGCAAGGGCGCUGGGCAGGGGCCUUGUUCCCCAGUUCCUGGGCUGCCAACUGGGCUCCUUAUCCCCCCUGGCCAGGUGCUGCUAUAAAGCUCCAGCUGCAGAGCCGCUGCCAGUUCCUGAUUCCUGGAUUGUCGAGAGCCCUGCGGGCUAAAGGGAGGUGCAGCCCCAUCGAGCGAGGCAGAGACAGAGCCCGGUGCUGGGACACCCGGGGCCAAGCCCCCACCCCACCACCUGCCAUGAAGCCCCGAAGCCUGGGCACAGCUGCCCUGCAGCGGGAUCUCGUGCUGCUGCUGCUGCUGGCCACAGGCACCUCCAUUACAACCCUGGCCCAGAUCCGGUUCUUUCUCUCGUUCCGCAUUGUGAACAGGAACUUCAACGACUCCCUUCUCAACCCCAGCACCAGUUACUACAAGGAAUUAUAUUCCCAAAUCCAGAGCAUGUACCUCAGUAUCUACGGCUGCCCAGCGUGCCCGAAUGGGCAGAACUACCUGGGAUUUAUUGAACUGCGUUUCAGCCAGGGCUCGGUGGUGACUGAGUCCGUCCUGCAGUACCGAGUGAGCAAUGCCAGCAUCAGCACCACCAACAUUGAGCAGCAGCUGACACAAAGGCUGGACAGCCAGAACAGCUUUGGUGGACUCCAGCUGGACAAUAUCCGUGCGAACUCUGGCAGCUCUUCCCCAACCACCACAGCACCAGCUCCCCUGGUGCCUGGCUGGGGCAUCGCGCUGCUGGUCCUGGUCUGCAUCCUGCUGGUGCUGAGCAUCCUCAUCUUCAUCCUGCUGAUCAUCUGCUCGUGCCGCAGGAGGAGCCGUGGGAAGCUGGAUCUGUUCAGCUCACAGGCCUCGUACCAGCCCAUGAACGAGUACCCCACCUACCACACCCAUGGGCGCUUCAGCGCCCCUGGCAAGAAGCAGAAUCCUUACAGUGACAUCGCCGCUGGCAAUGGCACCAACGCCUUCUACGCCAACCCUGCGACGUCAGACAAUCUCUAGGGGCACCUCCCCGAGGACCAGCGGGAGCAGAGCUCCCAGCAUUGCCACGUGCUUCCUGCAGCUGGACUCCAGGGUGCUGGGUG